CACUGACAUUAAAAUCAAGUAUGCUGGCCAAAUGAACUGCAUCCUCCAAUUCAGGUGUCCAUCAGCAUAAUUUCCUAACUCUGGGUCACUGUAAAUAUUAAUAUUAACGAGUUACGGCCAACAUCUUCUCUUGGUGGUUAGAUGAGGCCCGUGGGUCGAAUGCCAGCAUUACUUUAAUCUAUUGGUACGGGGUGCUAUGGGGUGCUUAAAAAGCUAUUCAUCACUUGACAGCACUUUGACUUACGAUGAGUUUCUUCCAAUCCUUCUUUGCGCUCAUCCCACUACAACUACCUGACCUGCGCAUCUCUGACAACACACAGCUCCUCCUCAGUGCUGUGGCUUGUUUUAGUGUCAUAGGAGUAAUUGCUCGGGCUUUCCGUCCUAAAUCAGAAAACAACCUUCCUCUCCCGCCUUCCCCACCCACAUGGAGACUUGGGGGACACUUCCGGCCACCUAGCAAACCAUUUCUCACUACAGCGGGAUGGAUCGACGAGUACGGUCCUGUGAUCACCAUUCGAUCAAGACUUGAGAAAAUUGUUAUUGUCGGUCGUUACAAAGCCGCCAUGGACAUUUUGGAGGAUCAGGGAAAAUCGACAGCUGAUCGUCCCCCAAAGAUUGCUGCUGAAAUGACUAGCGGCGGAUUGAGCAUUGCCUUUGCACCCUUUGGAGACAGGUACCGUCGGAUGCGUAGAGCACUUCAUUCUCAUCUCUCGCCUACAGCGGCUGGGGCCUAUGAGCCCCUGCAAAAGUCACACGUGAAAAACUUGAUUCUUGGCAUUCUCGAUGAGCCACACAACUUCCAGAACCAUGUGGUAACUUAUGCUGCGACGACAAUUCUGAAAGUCGCAUAUGGGAAGAAUACGCCCACGCUUGCGACUGAUCCCGAAGUCAUUGAGAUACGCAAAGUCUUCGGGAUGGUUGCUGAAGCCCUGCGCCCUGGUGCUUACCUGGUAGACUCGAUCCCGUGGCUCAGAUACCUUCCUUGGUAUGGCCGGGAUUUAAAGAUGAGGUUUCAGAGGAGCAAGAAACUUAACACUGGACAUCUGAACCGUGUGAAAGAGCAAAUGAAGAGCAACGAGGACAUCGGCCCUUCGUUCAUGAGAUAUAUGCUAGAAAAUAGCCAUCUCUAUGGUUUGACAGAGAUUGAGAUGGCCUUUCUUGCAGGUGCAUUUUUUGGAGCUGGAUCACAAACGACUUCUAUGGCAAUUUGCACGGUGCUCAUGGCAGCCGGAUGUUUCCCCGAGGAGCAAGCUAAAGUUCAGGCCGAGCUCGAUGCGGUCAUCGGAAGGCACCGAGCGCCGACCUUCGACGACCAAAAAUCCCUUCCUCGCCUACAAGCAUUCAUCUCUGAGGCUAUGAGAUGGAGACCUCUGACUUCCGGUGCAUUGGCUCACCGAACAACCAAAGACGUGAUUUGGGAAAACUAUUGUAUUCCAAGUGGGACCACUGUAUACGGCGACGUUUGGUGCAUCUCUCGAGAUCCAGAUGUCUACCCGGAGCCUGAUGCGUUCAAGCCUCAGCGCUGGAUUGACGACCAAGGUAACCUGAGAGAGGAUUUAAAAUUCUUUACUUUCGGGUUUGGUCGACGCGCAUGCCCCGGUCAACAUCUCGCGAGCAGGUCGAUGUACAUAACUACCCUCCUUAUUUUCUGGGCCUUCCAGCUCACUCUGGAUCCUACGAAGCCAUUAGAGGAUAUGGGGUUCAUUGGUAGGUUGGGGAUGCCAGUUGUACCGCCGUGCGUAUUGGAGUUUAAGAAGAGGAUUCCGGAAGUGGAGCUCAGGCGCAUGAUGCAGGGGUAUGCUGAGAAGCAUUGAUGUCUUGAUGGGUCAGGGAGAGAACGAAGAAUCAAUUGGUUCCCAACGAAUCACCAAUAUUGGUGCAUCCCUGCAGGACAGUAUGUUUAAUUUUGGCCGAGCUGAUUCUGAAUUGUGCAUCAUGUAGUUCCUAUCUCCAAGUAGCUACCCUUUAAUUUGUUGCAGAGCCUGGUAGCCAUUUUCGAG